GUGACCUCAAAAUAUUCCUAGAACUCUCGACAACGCCCACUAAGUCCCCUCCAUGGGACCGCAGCCUCAGUAAAUACCUGUGCACAAGUAUGUCUGCUGAAGGAUCUCGUGCGUCUCAAAAUCAAUGGCGGAAUUGAAGAGCAAGUUGGGUACAUUGGGGAGCUGUCCACGAGCCAGCUUCAGCCUCAGCACCCUUACAAAUUACUGUAGCGACGUGAACAGCCGCUGCAACACAAUAAGCAAAAACAUAUCAGAGGGUGAGUGCUUUCAGAAACUAUUUCCGUCUUCCGUAGAAAUGAACAAUUGCAAUCACCAUCUACAAAUUUCACAGAAAAUUUUUGCCCCUUCUAAUUUUGUUCAUCGUGACUUAAAUUUGAGACCUACCCAAUAUCCAGUUCAUACACAGAAGUUAGGUUUAUAUCUUCAAAAACAACAUCAUCUUUAUAUAGAGCAAUCGGCGCUUUUGUGCAAUCGACUGCCUUUGAAAUGUCAGAGCCAGUUGCUUGCUGUUUCUUUUUUUCCUCGAGGUCAAGUAUAUGUUAGAUGUUUCUGCUGCAUUAAUCAGAAGUCUGAAAUCCACAUGGACUCUGCCAAAGACUCCCUCUCGCCUGAAAAGGUUUACCAUUCAGAAGAGUUUAUUAAGAAGGCAUGCUCUUUCAUUGAUAAACAACAAUGGGAGGACCUGGAUUUGGUUUUAUCAGGCUUAACUCCAUUUGUGUUUCUGCAACUUCUUUUUACAUGGAAAGCAGAUGCCAACUUGGCCUUAAUAUACUUCAAUAGGGCAGCAAGAGAACAAGGAACUGAACAUACUAUUGAGUCUUCUUGCACCCUAUUACAUAUUUUAGCUAGAGCUAGAAAAUACAAGGAUGUCAGAGUCCAGUUAGACCACAUUGUAAGCCACGACAACCAUUCAAUUGCUGCACUCUUCCAUGCACUUGCCAACACCCAAAAUCAACGCUCUUUUAAUCCAGUGAUUGUAAAUUUACUUAUAACUGUCUAUGUAGAGAGUGGCAUGCUUGCAUAUGCUGUGGAGGCUAUAAACAAGUCACAGUCCUAUGGGUUUAGACCAGCUAUUUUCUCCUGGAAUGCUGUUCUGAAUGCUUUAGUGAAAUCAAGCCAUUGGGAGAUGGCACGGAAGGUUUAUGAAGCACUAAUUAGUAGGAGGAUUGCACCAAAUAUUAUUACCUUUAACAUAAUGAUUCAUUCGCUCUGUCAGGAAGGGAAGUUCCGGAGAGCUAGUGAUUUACUUACAGACAUGCAAUUGUGGGAUUGCUCCCCCAAUGUUAUUUCAUAUAAUACACUUAUUGCUGGUUACUGCAAGAAAGGUGGUGUUGGGAAAAUGUAUAAAGCAAAUGAGCUUCUGAAUGAAAUGUUGGGGGAGAGAUUAUCUCCUACCGAAGUUACUUACAAUACUCUCAUUGAUGGAUACUGCAAGGAAGGAAAUAUGGCCGCUGCAUUCAAGAUGCUUGAGAAAAUGAAGGAGAAGGGUCUUUCGGCUGGUGUAGUCACGUACAAUGCUUUAAUAUGUGGACUAUGUGAUGACGAUAGGAUUGAGGAUGCUUUUGUAUUGCACAGAGAGAUGCAGGAAAAGGGUGUGCUGCCUAACAUUGUUACUUACAAUGCACUCAUUAAUGGCCUUUGCAAAAAUGGACAGACAAUAAAAGCAAAGGAGCUGUUGGUUGAAAUUGCAGAAAGAAGAUUGAUUCCAAACUGUUUAACUUAUAACACACUAAUUAAUGGCUGUUGCAGAAAUGGGGAAAUGCAAGAGGCUUUUCAGCUUCAGCAAAUUAUGACAGAAAAAGGUGUCCUGCCUAACGUCUCCACCUACAAUGCUCUUAUCAAUGGGUUAUACAAGAAAGAAAAGAUGAAAGAGGCUUCUAAACUUCUUGAUGAAAUGUCAGAGAAAAAUAUUGAAGCUAAUGUGAUUACUUACAAUGUAUUGAUAAAUGCCUUGUGCAAACAAGGCAAAACUACAAAUGCUAUCAAGCUCUUGGACGAGAUGUUUGAAACUAGGUUAUCUCCUAAUCAUGUGACUUACAAUACUUUAAUAAAUGGUUUCUGUGAGGAAGGUGAUUUAGAUGCAGCUUUUGGUGUGCGCAAGAGGAUGGAAAAAAGAGGGCGAUGGCCCAAUGUAGCAACAUAUAAUGUGCUUGUCAAAGGAUUAUGCAGAAAGGGUAGAAUGCAGGAUGCAAAUAAACUUCUAAAUGAAAUGUUGGAGAAGGGCAUGGCUCCAAAUCAUGUCACAUACGAUAUAGUUCGCAAUGAAAUGAUCGAGAAGGGUUUUGUCCCAGAUAUUGAAGGGCAUUUCGCAUGAUAUUUCCUUAACAAAAGACCAUAGUAGAGCUCUUUGGUUAUGCACUUACAGGAUUAGUAUGUCUGUUAUGAAAAUAUUUUUGCUUAUUUAAUUCUUGUAAUAAAGUUUUCUUUCUGCAAGAGCAUUAAUCCUGUAAUUGCAUAGAACAUCCUAUGGGGUUUGCUGAAAUUUCCAGAUGUGCUGUAAAAGCAAGAUAUAGAAGGCAUAUAUCUUAGUAUAGCACGAUGAGACAGAGCUUUAUAGACAAAGAUAGAAAAGCCAUCUGCCCCUGGUUGCAGGAAUGUUCUGGUUUAUAUCCAUAGCUGAAUCUAACAGUGAGAGAGUCGCAGCUGAUUGGUUUGUUGUUGAAGCAGAACUCCUAACAAAGGAGCCCAAAGAAUCCAAAGGCUGUGGUGAUCAAGGCUAUAUGAACCCCUUACUGAGUUAUAGCGCUUCUGGAACCCCAGGAAGAUAGUUAGGUGGGGGGAGGGGGGGUCCCAUGUCCUAUUCUGGUGGGGAAGUGUGGGGAAGGAUUGGGAGAAGUAGUCUACUGUCGCCAGUUCAACAUCUCGGAAAGGAGCUGAUAGUAGGCUGGUACCAGCUGGUAUCAAUGAUCACAGCCCUGAAGAACGUGCUUCUCCAUGGAGUAAGACAGGUACAAGUUGGAGCAUUCAUCAAAUCCCAUCACCAUGAGUUAAAAAAAUUCAAGUACUGACUAACAGUGAAAAAAAUAACCUGGAUUUAUAGGGAUCUGUGCUAGUAUCAUUUAUAACCAUGCGUGAUGAGUGAUUUGGUUGCAGUAUGUGAGAAGACCUUUAUGGUUUGCUUUAUUCCCUGCUUAAACAGCCCUGAAGAUUGCAGUCAUUAAGAAAACUUUAGUUGGCAGCACAUUGAAAAGCAAAUUUCAUAGGACAAAUUUAUGCUUCUGUGACCACUAUGAAUAUGUACAGAAUGGCCUUAUAUCUGUUGAACUUUUGUACCA